UCACGGUUUCAAAAUUUAUUCCAAAACUCUUUUUAACUUAUUCAUUUUUAAAUGCGCUGACAAGGAAAGCGCAGCAAGGCCACCUCUUUGAACAAUUGGGUGCUCAACAACCCCCUUUUAGCCUCCGGCGAGUCGGCGUUCGAAUUUGCCUUCGGGUGGGAUGAAGAUUUUGGGGUUCCGGGAGCGUUCGUCAUCAAGAACAAUCAUCCCAACGAGUUCUUCCUCAAAACCAUUACCCUCCAUGACCUUCCCAAUCAUGGCGAUGUCCACUUUGUUUGCCACUCUUGGGUUUAUCCGGCUUCCAAAUACAACUACGACCGCGUCUUCUUCGCAAACCAGCAAAGUGUACACACCAGCUGAACAAGGUGUUGAAAAUGGUGUGUGGAAAUUAGCUAAAGCUUAUGUAGCUGUGAAUGAUUCAGGGGUUCAUCAGUUGGUCAGCCACUGGUUGAACACACAUGCUGUGAUUGAGCCAUUCGUUAUUGCAACAAAUAGGCAAUUGAGUGCACUUCACCCAAUAUAUAUGCUUCUGCAUCCCCAUUUUCGUGACACUACGACUAUCAAUGCUUUGGCUCGCCAGAUAUUGAUCAAUGCUGGUGGAAUUCUUGAGAAGACAGUUUUCCCUGGCAGAUAUACCAUGGAAAUGUCUGCUGUAGUUUACAAGGGUUGGGAUUUCACUGACCAGGCACUCCCAACUGAUCUUGUAAAGAGAGGUGUGGCUGUAGAAGACCAAAAUUCCCCACAUGGUGUUCGCCUACUAAUUGAGGACUACCCAUAUGCUGUUGACGGGCUAGAAAUAUGGUCAUCUAUCAAAACAUGGGUAGAUGAAUACUGCAAGUUACAUUACAAAUCAAAUGACAUGGUACUGAAAGAUACUGAACUUCAGGCUUGGUGGAAGGAACUCCGAGAGCAAGGACAUGGUGAUUUAAAAGAUAAGCCAUGGUGGCCUAAAAUGCAGACAAUCCAGGAGCUGAUUGACUCAUGUACCAUUAUUAUCUGGAUAGCCUCUGCUCUUCACGCGGCUGUUAACUUUGGUCAAAAGAAGCCAUCAGGAUUCAGAUGCUCUCACAGGUCCCUCGUGGUUGACUUUGGGAGACCCAUCUGAUUUCAGAAUGGAAUUUUGUUGGGGAUCAGCAUAUCUGGGCGGCUUUGUCCCUUUUCUAGGGGGUUUGUUUUCACGAUUUAGAAAACCCU